AUGCAGGAACGACUGACUGGAUGCAAGUGGUACGGAGGGCUAUGCCGCUCUGAAGUAUCCCAUGGAUCUGAGGAUGAAGUGAGCAUGGUGGAGGGAACAAAUGCCCCUUUAAAAAACAUUUCGUCUGGGAAUGAGGAAAGCCAGUACCCUCCAUUUCCAUGGGUGGUUACCAUACUCGCCAGUGUCCUGAUCACCACCAUUAUUGUUGAUAUACUGGGCAACCUAUUGGUCAUCGUCUCAGUCUUCAGAAACAGAAAACUCAGGAAAGCAGGCAAUGCUUUUGUGGUGAGUUUGGCAGUCGCAGAUCUCGUGGUAGCCAUUUAUCCAUACCCUCUGGUCCUGACGGCGAUCUUCCACGAUCGGUGGAUUGCUGGUAACAUCCACUGCCAAAUCAGUGGCUUCCUAAUGGGCCUGAGUGUCAUCGGCUCCAUCUUCAACAUCACGGGUAUAGCCAUCAACCGUUACUGCUACAUCUGCCACAGCCUCAAGUACGACAAGAUCUUCUCCAACAGGAACACCGUGUGCUACGUUGUCCUGGUCUGGACGCUCACCGUUCUGGCCAUUGUGCCCAACUGGUUUGUGGAGUCCCUGCAGUACGACCCGCGGGUCUACUCCUGCACCUUCGCCCAGUCCGUCAGUUCGCUGUACACCAUCACGGUGGUCGUCGUGCACUUCAUCCUGCCCAUCAGCAUCGUCACCUACUGCUACCUGCGCAUCUGGAUCCUCGUCAUCCAGGUGCGCAAGCGGGUCAAGCCGGACAGCCGGCCCAAGAUCAAGCCCCAUGACUUCCGCAACUUCCUAACCAUGUUCGUGGUGUUUGUGCUGUUCGCCGUGUGCUGGGCUCCGUUGAACUUUAUCGGCCUGGCGGUGGCUCUCCAGCCCAGACUGAGUCAAGCCAUACCCGAGUGGCUCUUCACAGCCAGCUACUUCAUGGCCUACUUCAACAGCUGUCUGAACGCUGUCAUCUACGGCGUACUCAACCACAAUUUCCGAAAGGAAUACAAAAGGAUUAUUCUCGCUGUUUUCAAGUUCCACUGCUGA